CCGCCGCGGCCGCGCCGGCAUGGGCCGGGCCGGGCCCCGCCGCGCCGCGCCAGCCCGCUGACGGCGCCGCGAGCCGGGUCGAGAGUGCCGUCAUGAGUUCUGGAGUCACCAUGAGGUUCGGCAGCGACGCCGCCGCCGAGCUGAGCGAGCUUCACUUGGCAGUCCUUGCGUCGCUAAAGGGAGACAUAGCAGAGCUUAAUAAACGCCUGCAGCAAACUGAGCAGGAACGGGACCUUCUAGAGAAGAAAUUGGCCAAAGCACAGUGUGAACAGUCCCACCUCCUGAGAGAGCACGAGAAUGUCCAGGAGCGAACAACACUUCGGUAUGAAGAGCGCAUCACAGAGCUGCACAGCAUCAUCGCUGAGCUCAACAAGAAGAUAGACCGCCUGCAGGGCACCCCCAGGGAAGAAGAUGAGUACUCAGAGCUUCCAUCAGAAUUGAGCCAGAGCCAGCAGGAGGUCAACGAGGACUCUCGAAGCAUGGAACAAGACCAGGCCUCUGUCUCCAUCCCCGAGAAUCAGUCCACCAUGGUGACUGCUGACAUGGAUACGUGCAGUGAUCUGAACUUGGAGCUGCAGCGGGUGCUGACUGGACUGGAGAAUGUCGUGUGCUGCAGGAAGAAGAGUAGCUGCAGCCUGUCGGUGGCUGAAGUGGACAGACACAUAGAGCAGCUCACCACGGCCAGCGAGCACUGUGACCUGGCAAUGAAGACUGUCGAAGAGAUCGAGGGGGUCCUCGGCCGGGACCUAUAUCCCAACCUGGCUGAAGAGCGUUCCCGUUGGGAGAAGGAGCUGGCAGGGCUGAGGGAAGAGAAUGAGAGUCUGACAGCCAUGCUGUGUGGCAAAGAGGAGGAGCUGAACAGGACCAAGGCCACCAUGAAUGCCAUCCGGGAGGAGCGGGACCGGCUCCGGAGACGGGUUCGAGAACUUCAAACCCGACUCCAGAGCGUGCAGGCCACAGGGCCCUCCAGCCCUGGCCGCCUCACCUCCACCAACCGUCCCGUCAACCCCAGCACGGGAGAGCUGAGCACGAGCAGUAGCAGCAAUGACUUUCCCAUCGCCAAGAUUGCUGAGAGGGUGAAGUUGUCAAAGACCAGGUCAGAAUCUUCAUCGUCUGAUCGGCCCAUCCUGGGCUCAGAAAUUAGCAGCAUAGGGGUGUCCAGCAGCGUAGCAGAACACCUGGCCCACUCUCUUCAGGACUGCUCCAACAUCCAAGAGAUCUUCCAAACACUCUACUCCCAUGGUUCCGCCAUCUCAGAGAGCAAAAUUCGAGAGUUUGAGGUUGAAACAGAACGUUUGAACAGCCGUAUUGAACACCUCAAAUCCCAGAAUGACCUCCUGACCAUAACCCUGGAUGAAUGCAAAAGCAAUGCAGAGAGAAUGAGCAUGCUGGUGGGGAAAUACGAGUCCAACGCCACGGCACUCCGGCUAGCCCUGCAGUACAGUGAACAGUGCAUAGAGGCCUACGAACUCCUGCUGGCCCUGACUGACAGUGAGCAGAGCCUCAUCCUGGGACAGUUCCAGGCGUCUGGAGCCGGCUCCUCUCCUGGAGAGCCAUCCGGGGGCGAAAACAUCACUCAAAUGCUCAAGCGAGCACACGACUGCCGGAAGACAGCGGAGAACGCGGCCAGAGCCUUGCUCAUGAAGCUGGACGGCAGCUGCGGGGGCGCCUUGGCGGCAGCCAGUGGCACCACGCAGCCCUGGGAGAGCCUGUCCUCCACCAGCCACACCAGCACCACCAGCUCCACAGCCAGUAGCUGUGACAUGGAGUUCACCAAAGAGGAUGAGCAGAGGCUGAAGGAUUAUAUCCAGCAACUGAAAAAUGACCGUGCGGCAGUGAAGCUGACCAUGCUGGACCUGGAGAGUGUCCACAUUGACCCGCUCAGCUAUGACGUCAAGCCCCGGGGUGACAACCAGCGGCUGGACCUGGAGAACGCUGUGCUCAUGCAGGAGCUGAUGGCCAUGAAGGAGGAGAUGGCCGAGCUGAAGGCCCAGCUGUACCUGCUGGAGAAGGAGAAGCAGGCCCUGGAGCUGCGGCUGAGCACGCGGGAGGCGCAGGAGCAGGCGCACCUGGCGCACAUUGCGCACCUCAAGGCGGAGGUGGAGGAGCAGGAGCAGCGCACGCGCAGCGGCAGCAGAGACCAGCCCGGCCAGGACUGUCCCGAUGUGGCCACCCUCCCGCUGCCCCUGGCUGAGCUGCGGACCACGUGCGGCGACAAUGAGCUGGCUGCCGAGCUCGCAGGUGCUGUCCGCAGAGAGAAGAAACUAAAAGCCAGAGUUCAAGAGUUGGUCAGCGCCUUGGAGAGACUGACCAAGAGCAGUGAGAUCCGACACCAGCAGUCAGCGGAGUUCGUCACUGACCUCAAGAGAGCCAACAGCAAUCUAGUGGCUGCCUAUGAGAAAGCCAAGAAGAAGCAUCAGAACAAACUGAAGAAGCUGGAGUCUCAGAUGAUGGCCAUGGUGGAGAGACAUGAGAGUCAGGUGAGGAUCCUCAAGCAAAGGAUCUCCCUGCUGGAGGAGGAGCACGUGAGGCCGCAGGCCAACGAGACAUCACUGUGACACCAGAGAGGGACCUGGCGGGGACAGCAGGCCGGCCAGCUCCCUGCCCCGCGCACGACUCAGCAAGCCCGGCCUCUGCAUCCUGCACUCGCCUGGCCCGCUCUCCCAGAGGCACAUUAGUGGGGUCCCAGUCCCAUUCUCUUACGGAGACCGUCGCAUCCCUCAUUUCUCUGCUUUGCUCCCUCCACGGGAAAACGGCUCAGGUGGGGAGGGGAGGGUAUCCAGCCUGCAGAGAGCUGUUGGCACAGCCCACAGACUCUGGCUUCGCAGCCUCAUGCCCAGAUGGCACAGUGGGUUUGCUUCCCACAUCCUGUUGGGAGUUCCACACAGGGCAGUUUGAGGCUGUGUCUGAACACCCCCACAACACUCCUGGUAGGCUCUUGAGGCUUUCCCCUCUUCAGCCUCAGAGUCCUGUUAGUACAUGUAGUGGAACUCAAGAGUUACUACAGGUUUCUUCCUGAGCAGGAGGUUUAUCAGUACUUCCCCCCUACUCCAGGGGACAAAAUUCUUGUUCCGUAUAAAAUCUGAGCUCAGCUACAAAAAGGACAUGUGGGCUCUGGAGCUGCCCAUUUCCCCAGGAGCAGGACUGUCAGGACACUGAGCCAGUGUGAACACCCUGCAGGCUAACCCACCCUAGAGCCUUCUCCUUGAACCCUCAGUUCAAGACUCAACUUCUGCCAUACAAAGGCAGAGUGGGGGAAAGGCUGUGGAAGCCUCUUACUCCUCAGGGGGUCAUGUAUGGUGCUUCAAGGAGUUUAUUUCUGGCAAAAUGUUAACAGCAUGCACCCAGGACCAAAGUUCUGCUUUUAUUCCUGAAAGUCUUCCUGUUUAAAUUCAUUACUCUUUCUCUACUUAACCUUCACUGUCUGACGCCCUCACUUUCUUUCCAUCCUCCUGUGCUGCCCUAAGUCUUCCGGUCCUGGAGCACCCCUGUAUUUGAAAGACCCACUUGCUAUUUUGCUUUUGUGCUUGGAGAUCGACCCACAGUCUGCUGUGGGAGAUAUGUUCCCUGCCACCAUAGCUCACAGUUUUGCAGAUGUCCAUGAGCCAAAGGUGUGCUCUCAGAAUGCAUGACACGAGUUCCUCAGCCUUCUGUGAAAUAUGACAGUCACCCCGACCAGCCCACCUGGAAGGGAAGAAUAAUUCUGUUCCAAAGCAAUCACCUUUAUUUCUCAAGCUAGCAACAAGGUUGCCCCAUAGGCUAAAAGUCAAAACCAAUGUAUCAGUCUGGAAGUGCCAGUGUUGUGUGCUUUAAUCACUGUCCAAGUGCCCAUUAGUUUCUGUUUCUGGUUGAACCUAAACAAAUAGGCUUUUUCUAAGCAAUUGAAAAAAAUAAAAUAAAACUUUUAUUCUUCAGAUAAAAAAUUUGUCACCUUGUGACAAAUCACAAGGUAAAUAUUUUGGGCUGUGGUAGGGGAAGAUUCAGCCCACAAUUCAUGUUUCCAGCUGCCCUGAAGAAUCUUCUCGGUUGGCACGCUGGGUGCACAGAAUGGCAUCAGUGGUUGGCUUCUCUCACAUGGCUGCCUGGGCACCCCUUCUCAUUCUCACCAACAAUGAAAUGUGCAGCGAGCACAGAAAUAGACCCCAGGGCUACCAUCCUUGCUCCAGGUUGAAACAGAGAAUCCACUCUUCAGGGAGCAUAAAUCCUCCAACCCCAGGUGGUCAUGGCACCUCCUAACAGCCCCAACUACUACCAGCCUCAUCUGGCCCCAUUUUGAACCCAAAGCAUUACUGCAGCAUUUUAAAAUGUAUUGUGUGAAAACUAUCUUCCCAGUAAAAUGGUUACUUUUAUAAAUACAGAGAAUGAAGGUUAUUCAUUUCUUUCCUCCUAUUUUUCAAAUACUCCAUCCAUUAAGACGAACACAAGGCAAAGAUGACCCAGCAGGCAUUAUUUAUGCUCACUGUAAGACUGAUAAAACUGUACUGGUUUAAGUAAAACAAUUUCAAUCCCUGCAUGGAUAAUUUUUUAUCUUAAUAGCCUAUUUUUUUUCUCAAAUUAGGAGCUGAUGUAUAUUGACUCCCUUGGCAGGGCUACAUAAUGAUGCUGACUCAAGUUUGCUUGAGGUUAAAAACAUCCAGAAUUUCAUAUUUUUCACUGUUUUUAUUUCAGGUGGUUACUCCUUUCAGGCAGUCACCUUCGGAAUUGUCUUUGGUUGUUGGAGAAAUAGGAAUGAUGAACCCAUUUAAUAGUUCUCUGAAGGUUCAUUUCCCUCUUCAGUGUUGAGACAGAAAAUCAAAAGCAAAAGAGAUUAGUGUGUGUAGCAGGAAUCUGAGAUUCCAAACCCAUGAACACCAGCUACCAAGCUGCUGUGGCCUCCAGGGUGCCACUUUCCCUUUGAGAUAAACUUCCCUUGGAGAGAGGUUAUUCCUAAUAGCAGUGUGAACAGAUUGUCCAUACAGGCAGAAUUACUGUUCCAUAGGCAUUCACCUACUGGCAUUUUAGGUUUCUGAAGUUAAUGUACAUCCUACAGAAAAACUGAAGUAUUCAGUUAGUCAUAAUUGCUGAAUUCUCUGUUGAGAUGCAUGAACUUGUUAUCACCUGCCUCAGAGCCACUUUUAUAGGAAUGUUUGAGAACUUAAAAGUGGAGCCUUGACACUCCGUUGCUCCAGAAAGGGAGGGCAAUAGCAUUUUGUUUGGAACAAAUGUUAGAAUUAUGACUGAAUUUUACUGUCCUAAGAAAAACCUCAAACUAUAUAAAUCCUCAUAGUUAGUUGCCUGUUCUCUUCUGCAAGGGAACUGAUUCUGUUGGCUCAGAAAAGUUACUCUGUAAUUACUUUUUAAUUGUCAGUUCAUUUUCUUAACACAAAGCUCUCAAAAUUAAGUGACAUGAUGAAAAAGACAUCAAUACUACAGAAAAUUCUUUAACAACUUCUGAACGUCAUAGAGCUCCAGAGACCUUUAACCCAUUUUCAAAUGCAAGGCUGGCAGUAUGUCUCAUCCAUCUGGGAAUGGAACUAUUUAAAGUGAAAAAAGAUCAUACAAAGUUUAUAGCUGUACCACCCACUUCUAGAUACAGCAAACAUAGCUAUACUUAGCAAGUUUAUUUUGGUUUGUUUUGUUUAAGGGGGUGCUACACCUGGUGAUGCUUAGGGCUUGCUCCUGGCUUUGUGCUCAGGGACUCAGGGAACCAAAUGGGAUGCUGAGAAUCGAACCCAGACUGGCCACAGACAAGGCAGGCAAGCACUCUACCUGCUAUACUAUGUCUACAACCCCUACAGUUAGACAGUUUUUAGUGGACAAAAGGAGAGGUCAAAGGAAAAAAAUUAUUUGAAAUGCCUACACUGAAUUUAAUUAGUGCAGUCAUGGGAUUACCAAGGAAUUUGGGGGAAGCAGGUGAGCAAAAUUAGUAUUUUGUUGGUUUUUGUGUGUGUGUGUGUGUGUUUUUUUUACAGUAAAUCACAGAUUUGUAGGACAUGAUUAUAAAAUAGCUUCUGGAAACUGUGAUGUUAUUUUUCUACUUGUACAAUUUUCAAAAUGGCCUUUUAACAAGAAAUGAUACAAUCAAAUGAUACAGGGGGCUGCAGUCGUGUUCAGGCGCUGGGGAGCACUUUAUAAGAGCCUAACUUGUUACUGAGAAACUAGGCCGUGGCUGCACACAGCCCUGGCUGAUGCCCAUCAAAGCCUGUUCGAGCUAACUGAAGCCUCAUGUCUCUGUAGGGCAGGUGAGUUAACUCUGAACCUUCUGUUUCACAAACUCACAAAGUCCCUUUCCACAUUUGUACCAAGACCUAUGCCUUAGGCUUCAAGCCACUAACUUUUACAAGUAAAACUAGAAUCACCAAUGAAUCUGAUGCUGCAGCUUCACUGAGAGGGCACUGAAAUUACCAACAAGUAGAAAGGAUUAGGGUCCAGCAGCUGCAGCCUAUGGGGAGGAGAGCGUCACACUGCAUCUGGGUGAGACUCACUGGUGGGGACUAACCAUGUCCUUGCAGUCGUUUUACAGGCUUCCCCACAGUCAAGGAGCUACCUCUCACUCAGUACCUAAGACCCAGAAACAGCACAAGAGCAGAACAUACACGUUUGCCUGUUAUACUAAUAACCUGCUUCAUUAGUUGCUCUACUGUUUACUUUUGCACUUAUUGCAAAUCAAAUCUAUGUGGGAAAUGUUCUGUUUGUGGAAUUCCUAGCAGUCAUGUAUAGUGCUCCAUGUAACGUCUGCCAAAUGAAUGAGGACCCCUAAUCUUAUCUCUUGGCUGGGACCUACUGCAAAGGUGAUAAAGACAUGCCCACUCUUUAUCAGUUUUCAGGCAUAUCAUCAAGAUUUCUUUGCAUGUGACUUUAAGGUUCCUAUUAUUUGAAAGUGUUCUUUUAAACCACUUGAUUUAUUGGAAAAAUCUGUUUGAAUGUACUAUGUUAUAAAGAACAUGUGAUUUCAGUUUCAUCUGUCAUUACUGUUCUACAAUUUGUACCACAAGUCUCAUUUUAAAGUAGCCAGUAAACACUGUACUAUACCUUGUAAUUUUUUAAUUCUUGUAUACCUAAAUGUUUCCAGAUGCCUAUUAGUUUUAGCUGCUGUAAAAUUGCCACUUUGUGUUAUUUGAUAUAGAAUUGUUUUAAAGAAGACUCCAUUUAUUUAUACAGAGACAUUUAUAAUAUUUUACAAACAUUCUUAUAUUCUGAAUAAACAUUUCUAAUUUCAUGACGUA